UUCAAGGUGAAUCCUAAUAGUGUAACAAUACAUUUGUCCUCUUUCUGGAGUUAGAGCUAAAAGUGCAUGACCUGGUCAUUAUCCAUUGAUGUUAACCUUUUGAUGUAAUCCGUUUACAAAGUAAUAAUAAAACAGUGACGUGUCAUCAAUGAGCACGACAAAGAAGACACGGUCUCAUUGUACGCGGAUAUCGCACAUCUUAUUUAGUCUUCCUGUAGUUCACACCAGUGAGUGAAUGUGUCGCAUCUUGCACUUGCACAUCGGUCUGAUAUAAGACAACGUGUCCCUACCUUGGUGUGUUAGGUGUUUAUAUUUGACAUGACAAUAAUUCUUGGGCAUAUAUUUUCCUUAAAUAGGCUGAAAAGCUUUGUUCUAAAUAAAUUCUAAAUUUCUAAAAGGGUGGAUAAGAAUCAUUUUUAUUAAUAUUAUUUCUAUUAAAUAUAAUAGAUUAUUUCAACUGUCACGCGCGCUUUCCUUUGGGGUGGACCUCAUUGCGCGUGAAGUCCGUUCCAAAAGCCUUCCGGAUGAGGCUCGCGCUCACUUCUCACUUGCUCAGCGCAGUAGCGCGAGGCUUUUCUCUGUGCGUCCCGCGAGUCACUAGACACCGCUGACAUCUCGGUUCCCGUGCGACUGACCCCAGGAUUCCCCGGGAUAACGACGUAUUUUGUGUCAGUGGCGAUGGUGAUUGACAGAUGAUCUGACAGAGGAAGACAUCAGACGCUGUCUCCGUGCUGGUUAUUAUGGGGUGUGCCUGUUGCAAGCAGAAGAAGUCCCCCAAAGCAGUAGCAGCAACAUCACCGAUAAAUGUUACAGAUCUGUCUCCUAGCAACGUAGAUGGAGGGUCGUCCACGGCCUUGAGUCAGGGCCGUUACUGUCCCGACCCCACUCAGACCAUCCCAGACUUCAACAAGGGCUUCACAUCCAGCACCAUCUUCCCCAACACCAACACAAACCAGCGGCCUGGAGGCAUAACAUCUUGUGGAGUCACUCUCUUCAUAGCUCUGUACGACUACGAUGCUCGCACUGAAGAUGACCUCACUUUUCAGAAAGGAGAGAAAUUCCAGAUCAUCAACAACACAGAGGGUGACUGGUGGGAGGCUCGCUCUUUGGACACAGGCCACUCAGGUUACAUCCCUUCCAACUACGUAGCUCCUGUCGACUCCAUACAGGCUGAAGAGUGGUAUUUUGGGAAGAUGGGGAGGAAGGAUGCAGAGAGACAGCUGCUGGGUCAUGGCAACCAGAGGGGGACUUUCCUCAUACGAGAGAGUGAGACCACCAAGGGUGCUUACUCUCUGUCUAUCCGUGACUGGGACGACAACAAGGGAGAUCAUGUCAAGCAUUAUAAGAUCCGCAAACUAGACAAUGGUGGUUACUACAUCACCACGAGAUCACAGUUCGACACUGUGCAGCAGCUGGUAGAGCACUACACGGAGAGAGCGGCAGGACUGUGCUGCCGUUUGAUUGGCAGCUGUAAGCGGGGCAUGCCUAAACUGGCUGACUUAUCAGUGAAGACCAAGGAUAUGUGGGAGAUUCCCCGCGAAUCCCUCCAGCUGAUUAAGAAACUGGGCAACGGCCAGUUUGGAGAAGUCUGGAUGGGCAUGUGGAACGGUACCACUAAGGUAGCGGUGAAGACUCUGAAGCCAGGAACCAUGUCCCCUGAGGCCUUCCUGGAGGAGGCUCAGAUCAUGAAGAGACUCCGCCAUGACAAGCUGGUGCAGCUCUAUGCCGUUGUGUCUGAGGAGCCCAUCUACAUUAUCACCGAGUUCAUGAGCCAAGGAAGUUUGUUGGACUUCUUAAAAGAUGGGGAGGGGCAGAGUCUGAAGCUGCCACAGCUGGUGGACAUGGCUGCACAGAUUGCAGCUGGAAUGGCGUACAUCGAGAGGAUGAACUACAUCCAUCGUGACCUGCGAGCAGCUAACAUCCUUGUUGGAGACAAUCUGGUGUGCAAGAUCGCUGACUUUGGCCUGGCUAGGCUCAUUGAGGACAACGAGUACACAGCCAGACAAGGGGCGAAGUUCCCCAUCAAGUGGACGGCUCCAGAAGCUGCACUGUAUGGACGCUUUACCAUCAAGUCAGAUGUCUGGAGCUUCGGCAUCCUACUAACUGAACUCAUCACUAAGGGACGGGUGCCAUACCCAGGCAUGAACAACCGUGAAGUGCUGGAGCAGGUGGAGAGGGGCUACCGGAUGCCCUGUGCCCCGGGCAGCCCCGCCUCGCUCCAUGAACUGAUGCUGCAGUGCUGGAGGCGGGAGGCCGAUGAGAGGCACACUUUUGAGUACCUGCAGUCCUUCCUGGAGGAUUACUUCACCGCCACAGAGCCGCAGUACCAGCCCGGAGAAAACCUGUGACCACACACGUGUAGGACAGAUGUAGCGCAAUAAAUGGACAAAGAGAAAGAGAAUGACAGGCAUGGAUAUAUACAUGCAGUUACACUGAUAGGCAUGUCAUAGUCCAUGUACAUGCUUUCAUGGUGUUUGUUCCACACAUACUGUACAUGCACACACACACACACACACACACAACACACACAACACACACACACACACACACAAACAAACAUUAAGAUACAUAUCAUUUCCUUGUUUAAUUGUUUAAAGACAGUUUCCUCUAUUUGCUCUUUGAUCACUGUAGAUCAGAUCAGUCAACCAUGUUGAAGAGCAGAGUCGGAGCUCUGCUGGUCAGGCCUUGCAGAAAUGUUGCUUUACUCUGUAACCAUGACAACAAGGAACUGAAAGAAGAUGUAGAUGGUUGUGUUGAGGUGGGGGGAAGUCGAGUUGAUAAAUGAUCUGUUCAGCAGCCAUACAUGUUCACGUCCUCUGAUUUCUGUGUCUGAGAAGACCGAUUUAGUAGGCCAACUGUUUACCUGAGAUAAAUAUGUUGAUACAGAAAUAAUAGCAGGUGCAACAGGUUUCAGACAACAGUUGGAAUAUUGUCUUUGAAAAAAUGUCAAAAUGAACCUCAUGAACCUGCGUGGUAACUGAGUAGAUUAUGUACACAGACACAGACACUCCUAUGUAAGAUUUAAUGAGAUGAACUGAUCCAUGCCCAUCACCUGAAAACGGGGAACUGAUUUUAAACUUGCACCAAUACAGUAUGUGCCUUAAAGUGAUCAAAUUAAGGGCUGUUUUAUAUUUAGUGUUAGUAAAGUCCGAGAGGUGGUGAGGAAUGCUCUUUAUUUGUCUGAUCAUUUGUAUGACAAUUUUGUAUGAACUGUCUCUUUUGUUGUUUUAAUUUAACUCAGAUAUAACUGUGCAUCACAAAGACUAUUAUAUCUAGUUAACAUGUAUACAGUUUUCAUCCAUUGGGAGGGCAGGGGAAAAUGUUACACAUAAAGAGGAAAGAUCAAUGUCAUUGGACUUUGUUUUGAAUGUAUGUGUAACCUUUAUAUUGAGAUUCCCCUGUCAUGUUAUUGCAAUAAAGAUCAACUAUCUUUUCCAGGUUAA